CCGCUAAGUCUUUGUUUGUAAAGGGUUUCUACAUGAGGAAAUUACUCCAGCACUGGUCAAUAUCUGUUAUUGCUUCUAGCCGUGAAGUUCGACGUUGAAACAUGUGUUAAUGCAAUAAUGGUUUACAACAGGGUUUACGACAGAUAUGAUUUUGUAAAAGGAAAAUUAAUUUCCAUAAACUGUAAAAUUUGAUAUUCGUGUUGGACUACAAUAACGACAGAAAGGAAUCAUGGAGUACAGAACGAUUUCUGGUCGUAGGAAUGCUUGGUCCCAGAACACAUCGUGCACCGGCCCAGCUGUCGGAAGAACAUUUUAUCCAAGAAACCAAAACAUGGAGCAAGACUCUUUAAACAGUUUGUCCAACAUCGACAGUCAGCAACCCAGACAAAUGCAAAUGGUCAACAUAAACAGGAAUAUUACUACUGAAAAUUCAAUGUCAGCUUACAGUGAAAAAAUGCGUCGCAUUUCAUUGGAAAGGACAUUUGCGACGCCAAAGACAAACCAAAGACGUGAACAUCGUAGGUGGUCAAGUCUGCAUCCGGACAAACCAGAUGAACUGUCGUCUGCUGAACUGAAAGACUCACUAGCAGUUGCAAACCAUUCCGACGUAACGCGUUCUGAAUCCUACCUGAUGAGACAGUCGAAUGUCGGGAGACAUUUCCGAGGCUGUAACAUAAGUGAUUCCGCUUUAUCAGAGAGUGAACGAAAAAACUAUAUUGGCGAAAAUAGAUUGUCUCGUGUUAAAAAUGGUAGGUUUGAUAUAAUAAUAAAGGAAGGAAUGGAGGAUGAAGGUCCAGCAAAGAGUGAUGGAAGUGUAGUGAAUUCACUGCACAAACUGGAAGAAGUCAGAGAUAGUGCGAGUAAUGGCUGUCAAGGAACUCUCUCCGAGUCCAUUGUUGAAAUAACCCCCUUCCCGCCGUACAAGGAAAGCACGUUUUACAAACAGAGAAUGAGAUCGUCCCGCCUGCGUUUUGCUCAGAGCGAGUACAUCGACAGAACCGAACAUAUCGCCAGCAAAAUAAGACCCACGUUUGCUGCAUCUAGCAGCAGAUUAAAUUUUGGGCCUGUGAGGUUCGCCGCAAAGGUGCCCUUGUGGAAACAGAAAGCUCUGGAGGCGAGAAAAGAGCGCUGGAAGAGAAGAACCAUUCCGCCGAAACCACCACCCAAGACGUAUCACCACGUUUUCAGGUAUUCCGACGCUGUGAAGGAACUAUUUUCCAGCCACGAUUCCAGUUCAGAUGUGGGAAAUGAACGCGGAGCGAAUAGACACACGAAUCCCAUUCUUACGUUCAGUGAUGUGGAUGACGGGGACUCGCUGCCUGUGUCCCCGGACAGACAGACAAGGGUCUCGUGGAAUUCAGAAGGGUUAGUGACAAAAGACAGACAUCUUAGAGACUCAUCAGAUACGAAAACAGUGCAGUUCAAACUACCUAAAGUUGAGGACACUACAUCAGGUGUUUAUGGCUUAGCGUCAAGCUUUCAUAAACAUAAAGCUGAGGACACUACAUCAGGAGGGCAUGACCUAGUAUCGAGCUAACAAUCAUUGUGGACGACUAGAAUGUGUCUGUGUUUCAGGAUGCGUUUAUGGGGAGAUUCGUUCAUUCCUUAUUCAUGAAAAUCAUCUUACAUUUAAAUGAAGCGUCGUGGUAAACGUUUUCCAUUAAAAUAACACAACUUUAACUUUAUAACUUAGACACCAAUAUUUAACACAAACAAAACAAAAGAAAACUCUCCGGGACUCUUCAACAAGUGGAAUAUUUUAUAAAACGUAACAAAAUCAUUUUUAUUAUAUACAGUCAUGAAAUAUAUGGAUCUACAGAAACCAUAAAAGUGAUACUCGACGAAAAGUCUGAAUCAAGCUACAGGAAAAAUAUGGAAACGAUAUUUACAUUUUAGAUGGAAUAAGUUCUUGCUUCAGUUGCAUCCCUUGCUAAUGAGUAAGGUAUAAUUAUUGAGGUCACUGUGGCAUAAUUAUUUUUAGAUUGAUGAUUACCAAAGCAUCUGAUCGUAUUUGAAUUUAUUUAUAAGUAAUUUGAAUAAUUAUCACAAUUGGCAUAUGAAGUGCAAUGACGUUGAAAUAAUCUAAAACUGAUUGUGUGCGAAACAAAAUAGUGGUGAAGCAUUGUCCUGUCGUUGCCUUUAAGUUUACGUUCAAUUCACGUUUUGUUUGCUGCUAAUUUGGACGAUCUCUUUUCCAGGUACGUUUUCAUGGCAAUAUUAUUAAAUAAUUAUUAAUCUAACUGUCAUUAAAUAUAGGAUAAUUUUGAUUGAAAUUUCUUUUUAGAGUCGAUAGUCAGCAAAAUUGUAUGCAAAAAAGGUUAUCUCGUUCCAAUUUGAAUAUAUCCUGGCUUUACGUGU